UGGCUGACUCACCUGCCCUCUUUUCCAGAAUCUUGCAUCCCUCCUCGUCGCCGUCCUCAUCGCGAUCAUUUCCCCCUCUUUCGAUCGUCAUGGAAGCCAGUCCUUCACCGUAUUCAUGCCCCCUCCCCUCCUCAUGAUUUGUUCCAAGCCAACGCUGCGUAUCAAUUUUUUUUGGAGCGCGAGCGAGUGAAUUUGUUCCUUAGUGGGUGGAGUGUGGAGAUUCCGGAGCUGAGCGUCCACGUCGUUGAGUGGUGUAAAGAAGAGUUUUUCCUUGUGGCUGACGUGUGUUGGAGCUGUGUCAUUCGGUUCAAUUGGGGAACACAAAAUGCUCCACAAAUAAAAUCUUGGACGAAGCAGCUUCCGUCUUGUUGCUCUUGAAAUGGAAACGUGAGCAUCUGAUGUGAGAUUGGUACAAUCUCUUUCUGUACACGCAGUCUCUGAUCUCUCUCGUCUCAUUUCUUGUGUGCAGGAAUAGUCGCGGAGCAUGAGGAUACUCUGAAGGUUGUGCAAUACAGCCACCCUCAGUGUAACCAACUUGUAUCUGUUGCGAGGAGCAUCUCGUUGAGUCAUGUUUACAAACAUGCGGACCUUGGUAGCACGCCAUCGCUGCGUGCUUCUAACUGCCGCUGGCACAUUUGGCUUGCUAUGCCUCUUGGCUGUGGCGCUCAGUUCUCGUUUCUCGGCACCUUCACUUAAUCAAAUCACGCCGACUGUGACGCUGGAGGUAAAUGUAAGCGACCCUGGAAGACAGAUGCCCGCGACCCUUUUUGGACUUUUUUUCGAGGAGAUUAAUCAUGCUGGUAGUGGUGGCCUGUGGGCAGAGCUUGUUCAGAACCGAGGUUUCGAGGCAGGGGGUCAAGACACGCCUUCAAUUUUCGAGCCCUGGUACAAAAUUGGGUCCGACGCACAAGUUAUCAUUGGAACGGAACGUUCGUCUCCCUUCAACCGAAAUCCAGUGGCACUCAAGAUUACUGUGUUGUGUGACAACGGCGACGAAAACAACAACAAAUGUCCAAAGGGGGGUGUUGGCACUGCUAACCCUGGAUUCUGGGGCAUGAAUAUAAUCGCUGGCUCCAAGUACCAAGUUGAAUUCUGGUUGCGUUCGUCAAAUACUUUCAACCUUUCUGUAGCAUUCAUAUCUGCAAACGGAGCUGUAUUGACACUGGAAAUUGUCAGUGUGGAUGGUAAAUCGAACCGAGAUUGGAGUAAACAGUCGAUUGUGUUGACAGCCAAAUCAACAGAUCACUAUGCUCGGUUGUCUUUAACGACUGGCACGAAAGGCGAGUACUGGAUAGACCAAGUUUCGGCCAUGCCGACAGAUACUUUUAAGGGACACGGCUUUCGGAAGGAACUUGCAACAAUGAUCGCUGAUUUGAAACCUGGAUUCCUUCGUUUUCCUGGUGGCUGCUAUGUGGAGGGUGUUCGGUUGGCCAAUGCAUUCCGGUGGCGGGAUUCGGUUGGUGAUUAUGAGAAUCGUCCCGGGCACUAUGGUGACGUGUGGAACUACUGGUCUGAUGACGGCUUUGGCUAUUUCGAGGGCCUUCAGUUGGCAGAGGAUAUAGGCGCCGCACCAAUUUGGGUCUUCAACAACGGCAUCAGUCAUUGGGAAUCAGUGCCAACGGCUGAGAUCGGACCCUGGGUUCAGGAUGUGUUAGAAGGUAUUGAAUUUGCAAGAGGGCCUGUUAACUCAACUUGGGGUGCAGUGCGAGCACAAAUGGGACAUCCUGAUCCUUUUCCUCUUCUCUAUGUAGCGGUUGGUAACGAAGACUGCGAGAAACCGUACUACAGAGGAAACUAUAUGGAAUUCUACAAGGCUAUCAAACUUAUGUAUCCAGAUAUUGAGCUAAUUUCUAAUUGUGAUGGAUCGCGUGGGCCUCUCGAUCAUCCUGCGGACUUGUAUGAUUAUCAUAUCUACACGACCGCAAACAACCUUUUUUCAAUGCGACACAGCUUUGAUCGCACCUCCAGGGUUGGCCCUAAGGCCUUUGUUAGUGAGUAUGCGGUAGUGGGAGCCGACUCAGGGACAGGCAGUUUGUUGGCAUCAUUGGCUGAAGGCGCAUUUCUUAUUGGUCUGGAACUCAAUAGUGAUAUAGUGGAAAUGGCAAGCUACGCACCUCUCUUUGUCAAUGCCAACGAUAGAAGAUGGAACCCAGAUGCAAUUGUUUUCAACUCUUGGCAACAAUACGGGACACCCAGCUACUGGGUUCAGCAUUUCUUUAAAAACUCCAACGGUGCCGACCUUCUGCCGUCCACUGUGAAAGCUGAUUCGUCCACGAGUCUUGCAAUGCUAGUUACUUCUGCUGUUCGCGCACACAACACCUCUAGUGGCUCGGAUUACCUGAUUGUGAAGGCAGUGAACUAUGGCAGCAACCCUCUGAAUCUGAACCUCGAAGUCUCAGGCGUAUCAGCCAACCGCUUCAACGCUACCGAGUCCUACAUCAUGCUCCUGACAUCUGCAGGAUUGAUGGACGAAAAUUCCUUCACAAAUCCAGCGAAGGUGACCCCCCAAGUGACCAAGGCCACGAAUGCAGGACCAAGCAUGGAGGUGGCUCUUCCUGCCUACUCCAUUUUGGCGCUUCAGCUGGGGCUGAACACGAUCAACAGGAGUGCAGAGGAGGUCGUGCAAAUAACCAGCAGAAAGUCUUUGCGACAAUAAAUUAAGUAUCCUCUGUAUAGUAUGGCUUUGCAUUUGUAACACUACAGAAAACCUAGGAGUUGUUGAUUACAUGUAUUUCUUCCAAUCUUAGUCAGGAAAGAAUGGUGGUGGCUGAGUUCGCUGCGGUUGUCCAAAUGCUAUCGAAGAGCCCACUUUAGCCUGGUUAGGAAACCAUGCAAGUGAACUCGAGAGAAGUGAAUAAUGCUGUUCACAGUAUGGAUAUUGGCCUCGGAUAAUAAGGCCCAGUAUUUGCUUUACUCCAGGAAUGCCUAGAUUUUGCUGUUGACUUAGUGGCAACAGUUUCCUUGUUAGAGCCUAAAUCAGCAGAGAGUUUGUCUUAAGUACAGAAACUUCUGCGGUGGGAGGCUCUUGUCAGAAUUGCUUCCAAAUAUAUCACGUUGAACAAGGCUUGUGAUUUGAAACAAGCCAUUCUCGUGGAAGGGCAACUUCUGGAAUGAAUACAAGCCACUCUCCAGAACUUUGCACUUCUUGAGUGAGGGCAAUUUAAUUGUAA